UUUGGAAAUUAGUGGAGACAUUCGUGCUGAUACUUUCGGUGCGUACCCGAUACGACACCUUGUCCAGUAUCGACAGGCUCUCAUUCUCGUGUCGCUAUGAUCGGAACGACACUCCGCAACCACGAACGCUGCUCCUCGUGCGAAUCUUGUCGGCUGCGAAGGAUCCGGAAGGAGUGCCGGUGGCAGCGUUGAGUCAAACAGUAGAAAUCUAGACCUGCCAACACUUCGGAUGGAAGUGAUCGCAUCGAAAAGUUUCACUUUUUCUUACCAAAUUGCACCCACGUUUCCAUCGCUAUCACAGUAACGAGCUCUUUGAUUCCCGUUCGAUGGAGGCCUCCGUCUCAAGAGUCUUGGUAAGAGAGGAGGGUUGCCUUUCAAUGCUGUAGAGGCUGCAUCAGCUUGAGGUCAGGUCUCUCUUCAGCCAUCUGCCGUCAAGGUUGUCGCGUUGCACUGCCCUCAAAUCCAGCCGGACCACGUGAACUGGCUCGUGGAGACUUGCCGAUUGAUGUGCAUGGGGCCUCUCCCCUCCAUCGCGAGUCAAUUCCCAAUUUGCCUUCUCGUGUGCACUCCGCGUUCGAGUCUGCAGAUUACACAGACACUCAAGGAAGAAUGAAGGUCUUCUCGACUCUCGCUUUGACGGCUGUCUUCGCCGUGGCCGUCCGUGCCCAGUCGUCCACCGAGUCCAGCGCCGGCACGGUGACCGCUGCCUCGGAGGCUGCGUCCAGCUCUGGCACGUCCACCUCGACGUCCACGUCCACCACGACUUCGACCACUAAGACGUCGGGCUCGGGCGCAAAUGACUUCAUGAGCUCUCUGUCCACUGGAUCGUCCUCUGGCGCUGAAGCUGCCUCCUCGGACUCGUACCACAUGACACCCGUGCACGUGGUGCAGGCCCGUGUGCAGAGCGACAUGCCGGUGUGGAAUGACGAGCUGCAGCGCUUCGUGUCGUCCUACUAUGAUGACGGCACUGAGGCCUACGUGGGUCUCAUGGACACUGUCAACACGGCGUCUGUGGAGGGUGCUCUUAUGUACGUGCAGGCUGAAGGAAUCAACUACGACACGCGCUCGUCGGAGGAGCGAUGCACGCGUAAGAACGAAAUGGCUUACGUUGUCUUCUACGAGUUUGCUAUUGCCCAGACGAAUGAGACGCUGGCGCUGUACGGAGACACGUCGAACCAGCCGGAGUACGGUACGAUGCUCGCUAUGGACUCUGGCCGCUGCACGCCUAGCUCCACCACGUCGUCGGGCGGUGAGGGUUUCCCCACUGCUUGCUACUACUUCAACGGUGACGAAGGCGAGCCGGAGGUUGGCCCCUUCGUGGGCGGCACCAUCAAGGAGACGGACGCUCGUGCUCCCUACCCGAACAACGUCUGGUACUCGUUCCCCAACUCGUGCCCUCUUGAGGAGUGGAGCGACAAGACGUCCGAGUGCCGUGCUAGCACCCGUCAGGGUCUGUGUGACAUUGGCGUCAUGCCUGAUGGUGUGAGCUGCACGUACGCUUACCGUGUACUCGGCUUUAUCCUGAUCGACGACCUGGUCGGGAUCACGUCGAUGGUGAGCAACACGACGGGCGAGACGUACGCCAACUUCACGGAGUUCUGUGAGGAUGGCGGUGUGGAGUUCGAGGCCUCUGAGAGUGGCGAGUGGAUCGACGGUAUCUCCUUCUGGGAGAACCCUCAGGACGAGGACGCCAAUGCUGAGCGUGCCAAGAAGCUCGUGGAGGCCUAUUACAACCUGACGAACGGUCUCAUUGAGACGUCUGGCCUGGACUCGAGUAUCAUUGAGCACAUGCUUCCCCUGCCUACCCCGGAGGAGCUCGCGGCUGAGAACCCGGCGUGCUACCUCAACGUUGAGAAGUGCAACAGUGACGUUGGCUGCAAACGUGAGCUCUACGGCUCCACGUGCACGGUCUGCAACUCGACUUCGGACGGCUGCGAGACCCCGCCCAGCGACUGGAAGUUCCCUACUCUGGAGAAGGCUGUGGGCGAGAACGGUGGCACGGGUGACGCCUCGGCUGACGGCUCCACCACCAAGGACUCGACCGCUUCGGGCAACGACGGCGACUCGAGCUCCAGCGGUGCUGCCAUGAACGGCGUGUCGGCUGUGCUCAUGUCGACGGUGCUGGCUGUGGCCACUGCCCUUUUCUUCUAGAUGCCUCCCCCAUGGUACUUUAAGCUACUGCGCAACAAUGGUUAGAUGGCAGGAGUAAGAGGAAUGAAACUUUUGAUUCUGUUUUGUAAUUUUAACACUUGCGGGUUUUGCAUUUGUUUGAUAAGACCUCAAAGUUGCGAAGUGCUGUCAGUGACGCUG